GGGAGCGCGGCCGCCCGGGGGGAUGGCGGCCGCUCGCGCCAGUAGUGCCGCGCAGCCAUGUCGGGCCCGGCGCGUGCGCGCGCGUCUGUGAUCCUGCCCCUGGCGCUGCUGCUGCUGCACGCCCGCUCCAGCGACGCGGUGGUGUGCAAUUCAACAUGCGAUUGUUCCGGGCUGAAGGGCGACCGGGGCGACCCGGGUCCGCCCGGGUACCCGGGUAUGAUGGGGGAGUACGGCACGGAUGGCCCGGACGGGCGCGAGGGGCCGCCCGGUGAAUCCGGAUACAUUGGCGAGGCGGGAGAUUUCGGCGACAAGGGAGAACGGGGUGUCGAAGGACCUUAUGGACCCCGAGGACCAACUGGCCAGCAGGGGCCGCAAGGUUUGGAUGGUAUCCGUGGUCAGCCCGGUUUGGACGGAUGCAGCGGCGGGGACGGCACAAUGGGGCCUCCCGGUCUAAUGGGACCGCCCGGGAACAGAGGACAGCCAGGCCGGGACGGGGAGAGGGGAGACCAGGGACAGGCGGGUGACGGCGGCUCCAACUCCAGGGGCGCUAAGGGAGACCAGGGGGUGCCGGGGAUCCCCGGACAACAUGGGAUGCCUGGCCCUCAGGGAUGGGCCGGCGAUGAUGGUCUACAAGGGGAAACUGGGGAGGAGGGUCCUAUAGGUGUAAGAGGAGAACCGGGAUAUAGAGGAGACCCCGGUGAGGAUGUGGUGGGGCCGACUGGUCAGAAAGGUCAUCAAGGAGAGAUCGGAGAGCCGGGCCGCGUCACCAUCGUCACCGACAACGUUCGUCUUAAUUAUUCCACCAUCACAAAGGGUACCAAAGGAGAAAAAGGAUACAAAGGCGAACAAGGUGUUAAAGGAAGCAAAGGACCAACCGGCUCCACGGGUGCUCGGGGGGUCUACGGUUUACCUGGAUCACAAGGUUAUAAGGGUGACCAAGGAGACCUAGGUCCAAGAGGAAAGCCUGGCAGACGGGGAGGAGACGGUAGUGCUGGUCAAAAGGGAGAUAAAGGAAGCCCAGGUUACGCAGGCCCCGAUGGUAAAGACGGACUUCCGGGUGAUAGAGGAGAAGAUGGCAGAGCAGGAAACCCUGGGCCUCAAGGACCGGUAGGAGACCCAGGAAUAUACGAUGAACGAUUAAAUGUCCCUCCUAGACCUGGUUCCAUGGGACCUCAAGGUCCAAUCGGGCCGGUGGGAGCAGAUGGAGCCCCAGGACUACGCGGCGAAGACGGUCUUCCUGGAGUUAUGGGACCCCCUGGGGCACCUGGAAGAAAAGGAUUUCCUGGUCUAUCUGGUCCACCUGGACGAUCACCCAAAGGAGAGCCCGGUGACCGCGGUUACAAAGGCGAAACCGGUCCGCGAGGACUCACUGGUUUCAGAGGCGUAGAUGGUGAAGUAGGGUUAAAAGGCUUUAAGGGUAAUACAGUCAUUGGUCCGCCUGGUGAAGAUGGUGAACCUGGAACAGAUGGUUUCAACGGACCCACCGGUGACCGAGGAGCUGAAGGAGCACCGGGACCAGCAGGGUUCCCUGGUAGAGGAGUGACAGGAGCCGGGCCGCCGGGAGAAGAGGGUCAGAGAGGGCGGCCUGGAUGGGCUGGUGACCCAGGAUUCCCUGGUCGACCUGGCGUUCACGGAAGAAAGGGAGAUCGCGGUGACGACUGUCCCUUCUGUCCUUCAGGUGCACCAGGGCUUAAGGGUCAAAAAGGUGAUUCCGGUUUUCACGGAUUUAGAGGAAGCCCAGGAUUUCCAGGACAACAAGGAUUCCGUGGUCGAAAGGGAGAACAUGGGCACAAUGGCAACCCUGGAGUGCCUGGGUUUAAGGGAGAAAAGGGCCAAUCGGGAGGAUCCGGACCACCCGGCAGACGUGGAGCCCCGGGAAUACUUAAACUGCCUGCCGAGUCGUUGAUUCGAGCUGAAAAGGGAGACCCUGGAGAUAUGGGUUUCCCUGGUGAGAUUGGCAUUCAGGGUGACCCAGGCUGGCCGGGUUUCCCCGGCGACUAUGGUCCCCAAGGAGUCAGGGGCCUUAUGGGUGACUUUGGCCUCCAAGGUUUCCCUGGACGCAACGGCACACGAGGUAGAGACGGCGCGCCCGGAUUUCCCGGUGAACCAGCUGAUGUUCCGAUACAAUUCCUAUUAGGCCCGAAAGGAGACACUGGUCCUAAGGGUGAGGUUGGAGAGCCCGGUGAACCCGGUCUCCCAGGAGAAACAGGAGAGGCCCUUGGAGGAUUCAACAUUAACGCUAAGGGUAACAAAGGCUACCCUGGCACUUAUGGACGUAAAGGUUUUCCUGGACGUAAGGGAGAGAAGGGUAACAUGGGUUACGAUGGAUUCCCUGGUAUCAAGGGUGAUCUAGGUCUAGUAGGAUUCAGAGGUACUCAAGGUCAGCCAGGAUUUAAGGGAUUCCUGGGUGAAAAGGGAGAUCUCGGUCCAUACGGAGAGCCAGGUCGCACCGGCCCCCAGGGUCCUCCAGGAUUCUCAGCGAGCAAAGGCAAGAAAGGAUCACGUGGUGAAUUUGGAUACUCUCGCAUAUUUGGAGAAAAGGGUGUUGAUGGUUUUACCGGACCCCGAGGAGACGUAGGUGAGCGCGGCUACCCCGGUAUUCCAGGACGGCCCGGGAAUUUCGGACCGAAGGGACAGCCCGGGUUCCCUGGAGAUGUUGGUCCAGAUGGAGUACAAGGACCUCCGGGUCGUAAAGGAAUACAAGGAAUAGCUAUCCAGGGCGCUCCGGGAAUGCCUGGACACCCAGGAUUGCAAGGUACUGUCGGACCUAUUGGAGAACCCGGUUUACAAGGAUACCACGGGGACGAAGGAAUGAUCGGUCCCAAAGGAACUAAAGGCGAAAACGGACGUUUCGGGCGGCGAGGUCGGAUAGGUGACACUGGUCCUAUAGGAUUUACCGGAUUCCCUGGAUUGAUGGGAAGACCUGGUUUGCCAGGCCAGCCCGGCGACCAAGGAGAGAUUGGAGCCGCUGGAUAUCCUGGAAUGCCUGGACGGUUGGGUGCUCGCGGACCAUUUGGCCUAAAAGGUGAACGCGGAGAUAAGGGGGUUACGGGAAGACCUGGCGUUUUCGGUUUUAACGGUGUCAAAGGAAUUAAGGGUGAUGAAGGAUUUAUGGGCCCACAGGGAAUGCGAGGCGAUGACUCGUUUAGUGGUAUGAAAGGAGAUGGUGGGGAACCAGGAGAAGAAGGAGCCCCUGGAUUACCAGGAUAUCCGGGAUUAAAGGGACUCAAAGGAGAGCAAGGUAUCCCAGGUUUGAGUCUGGAAGGAAACAUAGGUAUCAAAGGAAUUCAAGGAAACCAGGGUAUGUCCGGACGACCAGGACUUAAAGGAAGGAAAGGUUUUAUGGGCGACUUUGGAAUCUCUGGCGAAGUGGGAGAUUUCGGAGAUCAAGGAUUUACUGGACUUCCGGGACGUCCUGGUUUUAAUGGUGUCAAUGGAUUCAAGGGUGAACGCGGCGACAAUGGAUAUCCGGGUGGCCCAGGUGAAAAGGGAGAUCAAGGUAUGUCAGGAGAACCAGGAUACAUAGGAAAGAUAGGCCUACCUGGAGAUGAAGGAUUCCAGGGUCCAUUUGGUCCACAAGGUGAUAUGGGAAUAAAGGGAGAAAGAGGUGCACCGGGACCUACUUCUCACAUGAUCGGUACCAAGGGUGAUAUGGGUGAUGUUGGUAUGGAGGGACUACCUGGUGAAAAAGGUGAACAAGGAGAAACUGGCUUCAUUGGUUCUACUGGUUUUAAGGGACAGCGAGGCGAUAAAGGUUAUGCUGGAGUUUACGGUGAUGCUGGUAUUCCUGGACGUAAAGGAUUCGUGGGAGAUGUGGGUCCGCCUGGCAUACCUGGUAUGGACGGCAUUUAUGCAGAACAAGGCGAACAUGGUAUACCUGGCCGCGAUGGUCUACCGGGAUGGCCAGGACCCAUGGGACCCAAGGGCGCGCCAGGAGAAUACGGUACAGACGGUGAGCCGGGCCCACCCGGUAUACCUGGUUUAAGUUUCCAAGGACCAAAGGGAAUGCCCGGUAUGAACGGGAUUACAGGAAGACGUGGUAAUCCUGGAAUACCCGGUGUCAACGGAAUGGAAGGAAUCCCUGGAUUCCAAGGCGUUAAAGGAGAACCUGGAGAGCCUGGCAUUGCUAUAAGCAUCAAGGGCGAACGCGGAGACGUAGGUUAUGAGGGCAUGGCUGGUUUCCCGGGACUCAAAGGAGAGGCUGGCGACCACGGACGUGAUGGUUAUGCCGGUCGCCCAGGGCCGCCUGGAAUCAAAGGUUUCCAAGGUGACGAAGGAGAACCAGGUCCACCGGGUUAUCCAGGUAUAAAAGGAUACAAAGGAGACCGAGGAGAAGCUAUCUAUCCCAACGAUAUUUUGCCCGGAGAGCGAGGCGACCUUGGCUACGAAGGUGAGCCCGGCAUGCCUGGUGCGGACGGCAUCCCAGGUGCCUUUGGACGUAACGGCAUUCCCGGAGUUAAGGGAGAAAUGGGAGACAUGGGCCUACCAGGCUACCCAGGCCCUCCAGGACCGUAUGGGCAGCAAGGAAUCAAAGGAGAAGUUGGUCUUGAGGGGUACGAGGGAAGAAGAGGUCCAGCGGGAUUCCCCGGAUUACCGGCCCCGCCCCCACCACCGCCUAAAUCUAGAGGAUUUUACUUCACCGUGCAUUCACAAAGUAGCAUGAUACCGCAAUGUCCCUCAGGAACACUACCUCUUUGGGAUGGAUUCUCACUGAUGCACAUUGUUGCCAAUGCAAAGGCACAUGGACAAGACUUAGGUGCACCCGGAAGUUGUCUACGAAGAUUUUCAACGAUGCCUUACAUGUUCUGCAACUUGAACGAUGUCUGUGAUUUCGCUCAACGAGAAGAUUACAGCUUCUGGCUGUCUACUCCUGAGCCCAUGCCUAUGGCUAUGACUCCUAUUCAAGCAGAAAACGUCGGCAAUUACAUAUCUAGGUGCCAAGUUUGCGAAUCCCCUACACGAACGAUAGCUAUUCACAGCCAAAGCAACGACAUUCCUGUGUGUCCGAACGGCUGGGAGGAGAUGUGGACUGGAUACUCAUUCUUGAUGAGCACGGCCGGUGCGGACGCGGCGGGACAGUCGCUGAUCUCGCCCGGGUCCUGUCUGCGCGACUUCAGGACGCGGCCCUUCAUCGAGUGCAACGGGCUCGGCCGCUGCAACUACUUCGCCACCGCCAUCUCCUUCUGGCUCUCCACCAUCGACGACAACGAGAUGUUCCAGAAGCCGCGGCAACAGACCUUGAAGUCUGAUCUCGUCUCUAAAGUCAGCAGAUGUUCGGUGUGCAUGCGCCGCCGGCCGACCGGCACGGUGGUGCAGCCGGACGUGAGCUCGGUGCCCAAGGCGGUGCGGCGGCCCCCGGACGGCCGGCGACCCUACGCGCGCUUCCCGUACGCGCGCCGCGCCGGCGGACGCCUCGGCCGCAUAGGCCGGCGUCGCCAAGUCAACAACUCAUAAGAUACACUCACUGAACAAAAUCCGUAAUCAUAAGUUGCUGGACUCUUUAGCUGUUGAGCUGUUUUGUAAGGUCGUGUGGAUAAUAGUAGUUAUGUGAGUACGAAUGGCCGGUUUCGAUAUCCUGUCUACAUGGCUUGGUUUUUAAUGUCAUAUUAUUGAUAGAUAGGUAAUAAAAUCUGACAAGAAUAUCCUAUGAUCAUACAAGAAAGAAGUAGAGUUUCGGUGGGCAACAACAAGGCUGAAGUCAGUAUGGAUUUAUUUACCUACUGGUGCUCUCACCGAAGCUUACAUUUAAAUUAUAGUGACUUCUACUUAUUACUAUAAACAAGCAAUAAUUUGUGAAGUGAUAUAGAUAGGAAAUUAUUUUUAAUUUAGGAUUUAAUUAACUGCAGUCAACUCUAAUCUUAACAUUGCAGCCUUUUCUGUUUAUUAAAGUUAAGUAGGUACAAGUAUCAUUGAAAAACUUAUUUACGUUUCAAUUAAGUGGAAAUAGUAUUUAAAAUAAUACCAUGUCAUAAUUAAUAUUUAUAAGGUGUAUUAGGAAUAAUU